AUGUCCCUUUUGGUUUUCCCAGACUAUUUUGCGGACCACAUGGGAGACUACGAAGACGUCUUGGCCUCACUGGAGACACUGAACCUCUCCAUCCUGAAGGCAAUGGACUACACUAAACAGGUAUAUGAGAGCGGCAGCAACGUGGACCAGUUUGUGACCCGUUUCCUGCUGAAGGAGACUGCGAACCAGACCCAGUCACUGCUGAGCUCUGUGGAGAGUGCUGUGGAUGCCAUCGAUGAACAAACCAACCCCGCCAGGCACUACCCCAGCAAAGCUGGCCACGGUCUGAUGGACAGCUGGUACAACAGCCCUGUGCCCAGCUACUCUCCCAGCAGCCGAAUGGUCCCCAGGGAGCACGGGAAGAGCUUCCAGACUGGUUCCCCUGACACCAAGGCGGAGGGGCUGGAGGGGCAGAUCAACAGGCUGGCCGAGCUGAUUGGCAGGCUGGAGGACAAGACUCUGUGGUUUGACCUGCACCAGCGGCUGUCAGACAGCGAGAGCACAGCUUGCACGUACCUCCUCCUGGUGCGGGAUGAGAUGACGGUGUCGCACAAGCACCUGGGCGAGUUUUGCAGCUCCCUGAAGCAGUAUCUGAAGAGUGUGGCUGGCGAGCGGGACUGCUUCCAUGUCACUGCGGUGAAGCUGCCCGACGGAGUCACCUUCAUCAUCUAUGAGUUCUGGGAGACUGAGGAAGACUGGAAGAGGCAUCUGCAGAGUGCCACCUUCAAGGGCUUCCAGCACGUCAAAGUGGACACGCUGAGCCAGCCUGAGGCUGUCUCCAGUGUGGCUGUGCCAGCUGCUUGGUGCACCCUGAGCCGAGAGUGACUGCCUGUGCCGGGGCCCUCCAGCACCUGUCCCCGCUGCGCGGUGGCCGUGAGCGCCUGCGUGGCUGGAAGGUGUCAGUGUGACUUGUCUGCGGUGAAGGAAAUGCCCAUGUGUGUUCCCAGCAUUGCACAGGCCGUGUCCCCCCCAGAUACCCCAUCACCUGGGUCACCUCUCCCUGGAGUGGGGUGGUCUCUGGUGGGGGGAGUGACCCUCUGGGGCCUGCCAGGGAGGGGCUGGCAGGGUUUGGGGGGGACACCUGUAGGCAUGGGCAGCCAGGGAGCAGGGGAGCCGGGUGUGGGCAGCCAGGGGAUGGGGAGGAGCAGGAGUGUGACUGGGAAGCUGGAGCCCGCUGGAGUGGGGUAAGCUGGGGGUCCCUGCUAGUCCCCAGGGCCACCCAGGGAGGGGCAGAGGGGUGAAGCUGUGCCAGGCACAGUGUUUGUGUGUCACAGGGAUGGGGGGCGGAGUGGCGGCAAAGGGGGGUGUCCCUGUUCCCAGGGUGCCCCUCUCUCCUGUGUGUGCAGGUGGUCCCGAGGGGUUUCCUUUGUGUGUGCACACUGGGUGCCUUGCAGGUGUGGGGGUGGCUGCUCCCCCCCCUUCCCAGCGUCUGUACAUCUGUCCAUGUGCCUGUCCGUCUGUGUGUGUGCAGUGCUCGCUGCCUGUCCUGCCCCCACCCCACCUUGCCCGUGGGUCCCUCCGGCCACGUAGUGCAGGGCCCUUGCCGAUACCCUGUCCUGUCUUUUAUUAGCUGCUGUACAA